AUGCCUCCCCGCAACCCGGCCUUCCGCUCCGUCGACCCCGACACGACCCCCGAAGUCAAGAACCAAUACACGCAGGCUCUGAUCCACAACGGUAUUAUCUACGGAAGCGGCACAAUCCCGUGGAACCGGGAGCGCCAGAUCGUCGGAGACAACAUCACCGAUCAGGCCCGUGACUUUGCGGCAUUCGAGCAGGUCCUUAGAGAAUACUUUGGAGAGCAUAAGCCGGCACGCAUCAACCUCAACAAUCCCCAGUUGCCGGCGAACUCGCUGGUGGAGAUUGACUUCAUCGCAGCGGUGGAGGAUAAGAAGUAG